GUCUUGCGACGCGCUCAAAAAUUGGCUCAUAGAAAAAAACUUUCCUUUGACGCUGGCAAAAACUUAAAUUGUUAUACAACCGAAAAAACUUAUUCUUCCACCAGUAACUAUGCCAGUUUUCCGGCUUCUAACCAGGUGAGCGCUGAAGAUAAGGAUGGUGCAAAUAUUAACGCCCUUGCAGAAAUCUCAAAACUAAAGGAAUCGCAACCACUGAUGUACUUAAAAGAUUUUUCCCCUGAAGCAGCAAGAGACGGUGCAAGCGUUCCAUCCGUUGACUUUGUAAAACAACUUCAAAACUCGUCAGGAAGCUCAUUUUCAUAUUUACAGGGGUAUAAAGAGAGGGAAAGCGUUACUAUUAAGUUUGACACCAAUUCUCUUUUUAAGAGCGAGGAAUCAAGUAAGAUACCGUCAGAGAUUAACAACGUAAAGGCGUGCUUCGAGGCGGAUUUUUGUUUUUCACCGUUUUCAAGCCCUUUAGAGUUUAAUAACAAAGCAAUGUGUUCAAAAUCUGUAAAUAAACAACCAAUUCAGGCAGUCAAACCAGUUAAAUUUACUUUUUCACCCAUUCCCAGUUUUAAAGUCAAUGGUAUUGUUCCACAAUUUUCUAGAACAGUAAAUAUGAACUCUGAAAAAAGCGGUGAAGGCGUUUUACAAAGCAACGUUAACGAAGACUUUGAGAGAACUAAGAGUGAGGGAAUUGCUUUAUAUAAAAGCCAAAUGUACGAGGAAGCGGCCCGUAAAUUUACAGAUGCACUACUUACUAUUAAAUGUGGUGCUCAUUUGAAGCAUAAGGCAACCUGUCUUCACAACAGGGCCCUUUCGUACUUUAAACUAAAUGAUCUUUCCAAGGCUAUAGAAGAUUGGUCUGAAGCAUUGAAAAUUGAUCCGUUUUAUCAUAAGGCUGAGCUAUUCCAAGCGGAUGCACUUGUUAAAUUUGGAAGGCUGGAUACGGUCUCCCACAUAUACAAACGGCUUAGGAAUUGUCUUCUAGCGCCUGAGUUGGACGUUUUAUUGCAAGAGCGCUUGGUUGUUUUCGAGAAAGUUACUGAUUUAGAAGCUAAAGUUGCUCUUGCUAUAGAGAAUGCACAAAAAUCUGAGAGGGAUGGUCUUGUUCUUUCAGUGGGGUUCUUUUCCUGCCAAGAGUUAUUAAAAGUGUGUAGUCAUUCAGUAGAGUUUAUGACCCAGAAGGCUACACUACUUCGAUUGACUGGCAAGGUCUUGGAAGCCUACGACUAUAUAAAGAAGCUAUAUAGUGAUGAUAAAAACAAAUGCGUUCCCUUGCUCUGGAAGGAAUACGGCUAUUGCAUAUAUUAUUCCUGUUUCUUUGACGACCGAAGUCCUAAUUUUGAGGAGUUUUCCUCUUUUCUUUCGACUUUGCGCCUCAGUAACUUUUCAAAAAACCUAAGUGAGGUUUUCGCGGAGCUUCUGGAGCUGGAAAGUAAAAUGGGGAAAAUGAAGUUAAAAAAACUAGAGGCUAAGAAGUUUUAUGCUAACCAGUUAUAUAUUCAAGCUAUCGAAUGUUAUACUGAAUGCUUAAAUUUCGACCCCGCUCAUUCUUUUUAUAACGCUAUAAUAUAUCAAAAUCGCGCGCAAUGCAAGUACAAUCUUAGCCUGUAUCCUGAAAGUUUUACGGACUGCUCCUCCAGCAUUUCGGAGAAUCCCCAUUAUCUUAAACCCCGCCUUUUUGAGUUAAAAUUGCUAGUUCAGCUUGAGAGAUUCGCUCACUUGCUUGAAAAGGCAGUUCUUUUACUAAAAGCUUUCCCAGACAACAAGGAGGUGAAAAAGAUGCAUGUGUAUGUUGUACAGCAACUGCAGUUGAGACGCGAGCGGGUGGAGAGAGAGGUUGAGAAAGGAUUUAGUGAAAAGACUCAUUACGACGUGCUAGAAAUCUCUCGCACGGCUAGUGAGCUGGAAAUUAAGAAGGCCUACAGGGUUAAGGCGCUUAUGUGGCACCCAGACAAACACGUGGAAAAAUCGGAAGAGGAACGUUUAUUUGCUGCUGCUUAUUUCAGGCAUGUCCAGCAGGCCUUCGACGUGCUGGGUAAUAGGGAUACCCGCAAAGCAUAUGAUAGAGAACUGCUGUUUAAAAAUAGGCGUAGCACUCAUAACUUCGGGCAAACUUAUUAUAAGGGUAGUGCCCACUACUCCGAUACAGGGAAGAAAAAGUAAAUAACGUAACCUGAUUUGAGGCAUAGCUUAAUAAAGCAGUUAAGUUCCUAACAACACCCUUUUUUACACAUGGAGAAAUUAAAGAAUUCACUGCAUGCAACAA